GUCUUCGUCUUCGUCUUCGUCUUCGUCUUCGUCUUCGGUGCUGCCUUUGUGUGCACCUCUCGCAGCCGCCCAGCAACGACUCUUCACUCGGCAACGACUCUUCCCCCCCCCGAUCCACUCCACAUGGCCCCCAUCAAAACCAUCAAGAUCCGAGUCCCGGCCUCGACGGCCAACAUCGGCCCUGGCUUCGAUGCCCUCGGCAUGGGCUUAUCCAUGCACCUCACCCUUGUCGUCACCAUUCCAGCUUCAUCGGAACCUGCCUCGGGCAUCACACUCUCAUACGAAGGCGAUUCGAAGCAGAAGGUCUCGCUGUCGCCAGAAUCCAAUCUGAUCACCCGCACGGCGAUGUAUGUCGCCGCCGCUUGUAAAUCGGCCCUCCCUCGAUCAAUGCACAUCCACAUCGACAACCCCAUUCCCCUGGGCCGCGGCCUCGGCAGCAGUGGAAGCGCCGCCGUGGCCGGCGUUUACUUGGCCAACGAGGCUGCGCAACUUGGCCUCAGCCGAACUCAGAUGCUGGAUUUCUGUCUUUUGAUCGAAGGCCACCCUGACAACGUCGCCGGAUCGCUGCUCGGCGGAUUCGUCGCCUCGUACAUGCGAAACCUGCCCGAUCCAAAGCUCCGGGAAAACCCCCUGGCUCUCAGCAGCUUUGACCAGUACGACUUGAUCCCGGUGCCGCCCAAGACCGGCUACGGUGUGUACAUGCCGCUGGAGAUCUCGCCCAAGGUCAAGGUCGUUGUGGCCAUCCCCGAGUUUGAGCUGCCCACAAAGCUGGCCCGCGAGGUGCUCCCGACGGCAUACAGCCGCGCCGAUGUCAUCUUCAACUUCCAGCGGCUCUCGGUGCUGACCCACGCCCUGGCUGCCGAGACCCCAAGAGCCGAGGUGGUCUACGAGGCCAUGCAUGACAAGAUCCAUCAGCAUUAUCGUCAGCACCUUGUGCCCGGCCUGCCCGAGAUCCUCUCGAUGAGGCCGGAACAGUUCCCCGGCCUGCUUGGUUUGGCCAUGUCCGGAGCCGGCCCCACUGUUCUCGCCAUCGCCAUCGACAACUUUGAGGCCAUCGGCAAAGAGAUGAAGCGGAUCUUUGCCUCGCACAUCGGACCGGAUGGCCAGCCCAUUCAAUGCCGGUUUGAGAUCCUGGACGUCGACCAUGAUGGCGCCACAUGUGAAACCAGUGUCGUGGCUUGAAUACCCGCGAACCUCCCUGACUCUCUCCGAUGCAUUAAAUGCGCCUCCCCCCCCCCUCCACGUAGAAGGUUAAGAUCCUGGCAGGUCGCUGUGCGGUGGGUGUGCUGUGGGUCAAAUCUCCCCCAGUGCGUCGACCCGGCCAAGCCGGCCAGCAGCAGGCCAACUCCCAUGUAUUCUUUCGGCUUGAUCAAAUUCAAUGUGACAUUCUCUUGCUGGCA